AGACAAUUAUGGGAAAGUGCAAAAGCAUAGUUUCGUUUUUCAAGAGCAGCUCAAUAGCGUAUGCAAAAUUUAAGCAAGCCCAGGAACCAAUGAAGCCAUAUAGUCUAAAACAGGAGUGCCCUACAAGGUGGAAUAGUGCUUUCUACAUGAUUGAGCGCAUUUUGGCCACAAAGUCAGCUAUUGCUAAAGUCCUGUUAGAUACUCCGAAAGCAAUACUACCUCUAUCAGUUGAUGAGCUAUCUGUUCUGGAAGAUUUAAAGCAGGUUCUUUCACUAUUCGAGGAUGCGACGGUACAAACAUCAUCCAGCUCUAAUGUAACAGUUUCGCUAAUUAUACCAUUGGUUAGCGGACUUUUGCAUAAUUUGAGUGAAAUCAAAGAUCGACUAGAAACUGAUGAUGGCCGUAACGUAUGCAACUUGCUAAUGGAAGGCAUACGGCAAAGACUACUGCCAUAUGAAAAAAGAACUGUGACUCGUUUGUCGACAUUACUGGAUCCGCGUUUUAAAAAGGAGGGUUUUUUUUCAAAUACAAACUCUAUAGAAGCCGAAAAAUUUUUAGAAAAUGAACUUUCGCCACUUUACAAAGAAAAUCACCCUCCAAAUAUAUCUAGCCUGCCAACACCACUAUGCGAUAAAACUCCACUUCUUAAUUUUUUGGAAAAAAACAAAACUCAAAAAAUUCGUAAUUCCCGAGUUGAUUCGAUUUUGACCCUUCGUCAAUACUUCAACAUGGAAAAUAUAAACUCUAGUUUAAACCCUUUAGACUACUGGAAGAUCUCGACUGAUGAGCCAUUGAAGAUGAGCUCAAAAAAAUAUCUCUGCGUACCGGCUACGUCAACUGAAAGUGAGCGUAUGUUCAGCAAAGCAGGUUUAAUAGUGAGUGAAAAACGAAGUUCACUAAAGCCAAAAAAUGUGGAUAUGCUGGUUUUCCUAAAUAAAAAUGAAUGGAUCUCAAACAACUGAUAAGUUGAGUCAUUAUAUUUUCAUAAUUUAAUUUGUUUGAAAAACUCACAAAACUGUUAUGUUAAGUUAUCA